AUGUCGGGCGCCGAGGUCAUCGGCAUCAUCUCUGGCAUCAUCGCCAUUGUCGACGCCACUGCGAAGGUCUACAAUGCCGCCAACGAUGCCUUAGGCCUCCCAGAAGCCUUCCGCGAUAUUGUGAUACGGCUCCCUCUUGUCCGCAAAACCCUCCAGACUGUCUCCAGAAACCUCAAUAACACCAACCCCGACGAAGAAUAUUGCAAGGCAAUAAAGCCUGUCUUAGAGCGCUGCGAGAAUAGGGCAACACAACUAGACAAAAUAUUUAAGAGUGUUGUGCCACAGGCUGAUGCUUCGAGAAUGGAGCGAUACGUGCAUGCGGUCCGUACCUUGGGUAAAGGAGACACAGUGGAGACGCUCAUGAAGGGCAUACUGGAGGAUGUCCAACUUUUGACCAGCAAUCGCGUGGCGGAACUGCCCACAGAGACCAGUGUCGCGGCGGUAAUACGGGAGGCAAUAGAAGAAGUGUCAGCAAUCCCGACAUCGUUACCACAAGGCAUUCACUUGUCCGCUACCUGCGAAACCGAACGAGACUCCCUACUCAAAGACCUGAGGUGGACCGAUCCCACCAUCGACAAGCUACGUAUUGAAAGAACGAAGGGGCCUCUAUAUGAAGAUUCGUCCCGCUGGAUUCUCUCCCACCCCAAUUACCAGAAGUGGCGAGACGGUGAAACCAAGCUACUCUGGAUCAAGGGCGGUGCCGGCAAGGGGAAGACGAUGCUGUUGGCCACAAUCAUUAAGCAACUUCAAUCCCGAACCAAACCCGACCACACCGCCACUAGCUCGUUAUUAUCGUUCUUCUUCUGUCAGAAUACUGACGACCGUUUAAAUAAUGCAGUCGCCAUCCUAAAAGGGCUUAUAUACCUCUUGCUGAUCCAGGACGUUAAUCUCGUUUUAUACCUUAAGACCGACUACGACCGAAUGGGCAGGGAAAUCUUCGACGCCACUAAAAACGUUAACGCCUUCGACGUACUGUCAAACGUAUUUAGGCAAAUGAUCCAGCACUCGCGGUCGGAAACCGUCUACUUGGCUGUUGACGCUCUCGAUGAAUGCGAAGACGGCCUGCCGAACCUCCUAGGCCUGAUUAGAGACACUGUCCUCCAACAAAACCGCCUGAAGUGGAUCGUGACAAGCCGCAAUGGAGUCGACAUUGACGAGGGCCCUGCGCUAGAGAAUCCAGGUGCAAAGUUAAGUCUGGAAGUGAACUCGGAAGCCGUGUCUCAGGCGAUCAAAGCCUACAUCGAGCACAAGGUAGACCAACUCCCGUCGCUUAGAUCCGACCCUACUCAGCGAGAUAACGUCCAGCAAAAACUACUCGAGAAGGCUGAGGGUACCUUUUUAUGGGUCGAUUUAAUCUUGCGAUCUAUCCAUAGCGUCUUAGCCGAUGAUGCUGCUCGCUAUAUCGAUGAGAUACCGUCAGGUCUACCGCCGCUUUACGAUAGGAUGAUGGGAGAUAUUGCCAAGUCUAGGGACGGCUACCGGGACGCGUGUCUUACUGUGCUUUCAAUCGCAACUUUAGCGUACCGCCCACUCCACAUUCUCGAGCUCCGAACACUAGCCGGACUCGUAUAUGACACCGCUGAUCUGGAGAAGAUUGUCGACAUGUGCGGUUCCUUUCUUACGCUGGUGGAGAACCACGUUUAUCCGAUUCAUCAGUCGGCCAAGGACUACCUAGUCAGCCACGCCGCCGUCGAUAAGAUUUUCUCGUCUGGGAAACAUGCUGUUCAACUCAGCAUCGUCGAAAGAUCCUUGGCCGCGAUGGAGAACGCACUACGGCGAGACGUGUAUCAACUGAAGCAUCCAGGAACACUCAUCCAUGAUAUGCAGGCGCGGCCGCCCGCAAGUGAUCCUUUACUUGGAGUGGGAUACUCCUGUGCAUACUGGAUUGACCACGUUUGUGAAGCGGACAAGGCCGAGUUACAAGGCUCGCUGCGUUAUCGGCUAAAGACAUUCAGGCAGCAUGCCGCAGGAUCCAAGAGUAUCCGAAUAAGAGAGUUGAUCAAGACGUUCUUCCACCGCCAUUUCCUGCACUGGCUUGAAGCUUUGAGUCUCCUCGGCGAUAUGGCGAACGGAGUCCUCUCUCUUACUAGGCUCAGAACCAUUGUCGAGGCUCCACUACAGACAUACAUAUCAGCGCUGCUCUUCACUCCAGCUAACAGUACCAUCCGUCGAUUAUUCGCCGGAGAAGAACCUAGUUGGGUGCUAACGAAGCCAGUCGUCGAGCAAAACUGGAGUCCGUGUCUUCAAACAUUCGAAGGCCAUAGCGGUUCGGUUCGGUCGGUAGCGUUCUCGCCGGAUGGUAGCCGAAUCGUAUCGGCGUCGAACGACCAGACCAUCCGGAUCUGGGAAGCGAAAUCGGGUAAGGAGGUACGGAAGCUCGAAGGCCAUAGCGGUUCGGUUCGGUCGGUAGCGUUUUCGCCGGAUGGUAGCCGAAUCGUAUCGGCGUCGGACGACGGAACCAUCCGGAUCUGGGAAGCGAAAUCGGGCAAGGAGGUACGGAAGCUCGAAGGCCAUAGCAAUUGGGUUCGGUCGGUAGCGUUUUCGCCGGAUAGUAGCCGAAUCGUAUCGGCGUCGGACGACGGGACCAUCCGGAUCUGGGAAGCGAAAUCGGGCAAGGAGGUACGGAAGCUCGAAGGCCAUAGCGGUUCGGUUCGGUCGGUAGCGUUCUCGCCGGAUGGUAGCCGAAUCGUAUCGGCGUCGAACGACCAGACCAUCCGGAUCUGGGAAGCGAAAUCGGGUAAGGAGGUACGGAAGCUCGAAGGCCAUAGCGGUUUGGUUCUAUCGGUAGCGUUCUCGCCGGAUGGUAGCCGAAUCGUAUCGGCGUCGAACGACCAGACCAUCCGGAUCUGGGAAGCGAAAUCGGGCAAGGAGGUACGGAAGCUCGAAGGCCAUAGCAAUUGGGUUUGGUUCUAUCGCAAUUGGGUUCGGUCGGUAGCGUUUUCGCCGGAUAGUAGCCGAAUCGUAUCGGCGUCGGACGACGGGACCAUCCGGAUCUGGGAAGCGGCCUCGGGAACCUGCCUUAAAGCUAUCAAUGUCGGUACCUCCGUAACCUACAUAUCGUUUAACGGUACCAGCCGCCGCCUCAUUACCAAUGCCGGGUAUAUUAAAAUCGCUACAGUUACGGAAAGCCCAAUUCAGCCUGACGAUCCAAGGUGGCAUGGGUACGGCUUAGGACAGGAUGGGUCCUGGAUUAUUUGCAAUGGCCGAAAAGUGUUAUCGCUACCACUGGAAUACCGCGCGCGCUGUUCUGCCAUCCAAGGGCGGAUGAUAUCCAUUGGCUGUGAUUCGGGACGUGUUUUUACGAUUGGUUUCUUGCGAGAUGUUUAA